GCCGCCGCCGCCGCAAACACACAAAACACAACCCCGCGGCGCGCCGAGCCACGGUUUCACCCGGUCGCCCCACCGCAGGUCGUUAACUCGACAAAAAAACACCACAACCGAACACCACAAGAAGAACACCACCAGAAUGUCGGCCAUGAAAGCGCUACGCGACAAGAACGCCGACCUCGCCGACCUCGAGAAGAUCCUGAACCCGACCGACGUGAAGAGUUCCGUGAUGCCGCGCUGGCAGCGCAAGGCCCUCCAACGGUCUGAUAGCUCGACGUCGAACGACCGCUUCAUCCCGACGCGGUCGGCCAUCGACUUCGACCAGGCGGGCCACGUCAUGUCCUCGUCGGAGAACUCGUCUUCGUCGGAGGGCGAGUCCGAUGAAUCGAAGGAGGCGCGCCAAGUACACGCUGAUAGACUCAAGGCCGGCCUCUUGGAUGCCGAAAGUCGCGUGCUCGCGUACAAACAAAAGGCACCCGCACCAAAAGCCGGCUACGUGAACUCGUUGAAAGUGUUGUACACGGCGCACGGCUCCCAGCAAGUGCGGAAGGCGAAAUCCACAAGACACAUUCCGAGCGCGCCUUCUCGAGUCCUGGACGCUCCGGACCUCUUGGACGACUACUACCUCAACUUGACGUCCUGGGGCGCGAACAACUGCGUCGCCGUGGCCUUGGGCCCGACGGUCUACGUCUGGAACGCCGGCACGGGCGCCAUCACGGAGUUACUGACCUUAGACGAAGGUGACGAUUACGUCUGCUCCGUGUCGUGGCUGCCGGGCGAGACGGGCGCCGGCCACUUGGCCGUCGGGACGUCUGCCGGUUCCACGGAGCUCUGGGACGUCGCGGCGUCGCGAGCGUUGCGGCGCAUGGACGGCCACGCGGCGCGCGUGUCUUGCUUGGCCUGGAACGGGCAUUGCCUGUCUUCGGCUGGUAGAGAUGCUACCAUCGUCCACCACGACGUGAGGAUCCGGGACCACGCGACCGGUUCGUGUGUUGGUCAUCAACAGGAGAUCUGCGGGCUGUCCUGGUCGCCUGAUGGCACUACCUUAGCUUCCGGCGCGAACGAUAAUUGUGUGAUGCUCUGGAGCGCCGCGCAGACGGGCGUGCGGUCACAAGCGCCGGCUCAUUCGUUGACGGACCACACGGCGGCCGUGAAGGCGUUAGCUUGGAGCCCGCACGACCGCCACGUACUGGCGUCGGGCGGCGGCACGGCCGACCGGUGCAUCAAGCUCUGGAACGCUUCUACCGGAAUCAAUCUCAACAGUGUGGACACGGGCUCGCAAGUCUGCGCGCUCGCGUGGAACCCUAGGGAGAAGGAGUUAUUGUCUGGACACGGCUACGCCGAGAACCAGCUGUCGCUCUGGAAGUACCCUGCCAUGGCGCGCGUCAAAGAUCUCAAAGGACAUACUGGAAGAGUGUUGGCUUUAUGUACGUCGCCUGAUGGUUCUACCGUGUUAUCCGCGGGCGCCGACGAGACCUUACGGUUCUGGGACUGCUUCGGCACCGCGCCGGCGAAGAAGGGCAAGAGCCGCGCCGCCGCUUUAAGCAAGGGCGUCGUGUGCAUCCGGUGA